AUGAGAGUAACACCAAAUGUCAAAUUAUUUGCUUGGAGAUUAGUCCAUGAAGGCAUUUCAGUUAAAGCAAAAUUGAAUGAGAAAUUACCACAUGUUAGCAGCCUUUGUCCUCGCUGUCAAUCGGCGCCGGAGACACCGAUGCAUGCCAUUGUCUUCUUCCCAGAAGUUCUUCAAAUUUGGAACAGCUCCCCAGUAGCUAGCACUAUUUCUCGCGACCCUAACCUAAAAGCUUGGGAUUGGUGGAGUCAAUUCAUGGAAGCUGAGAAAUCCAAACCCAAUUUCAGAAUCAAAAGUGCUCAGGUGGCUUACCUUCUAUGGCAGAUUUGGUUGGUGCGGAACACUUUAGUCUUCGAGGACCAACGCCAGGAACCUGGAGAAAUUCUGUCUCAGGCGAUAUUGUUGGAGGAGGAAUACUGGCGAUAUCAUUUUCUCAGACCACCUUCUCUAUGA